CCGUCGGCCCCGCUAUAAAGUUCCGAUAAGAUAGGGGAACGUGGGGUAGCUAGAACACUCCAGACCCCUGCGCUGCAAGGCUGGACAGAAAAAAAUUGGAUGGAGUCUUGGAUCUGGCAUGGCCUUGUGGUGUCCGCUGCAAAGUAAACAUCCACACUCUCCCUCCUGGACGACGCCUGUUUUCACAGUAAUCCAAGCCAACCUGACUUUUACUUGUCAAUUGAUAGUCUUCAGCCUGCCCAUACCGAACAGCGACUACCCAAUACAUAUAAUCUCACAGCACAGGCACUGCCAUGGACCACCCUACCGAAUCAGGCGCCCAGGUCCGGGUGACCUUCACCACCCAGGAGGAGGACAUCCAGCUCGAUGAGAGCAAGCGCCAGCUCCUUGUCCCCGCCGACAUCCGCCGUUAUGGCCUCUCCCGUAUUCUCAACUCCGAGUCCAUGCUCGACACCAACUCCAUCCCCUUCGACUUCCUUGUUAACGGCAGCUUCCUCCGCGGCAGUCUUGAAGAGUACCUCAACGCCAACGGCCUCUCGCUCGAAACCAACAUCACCCUUCAGUACGUUCGCAGUUUGAUCCCACCAACAUACGAGGCCAGCUUUGAGCACGACGACUGGGUCAGCGCCGUCGAUGUUCUUUCCGCUACUUCUCCCGCGGGCCGCUGGUCCGGCGACAACUUCCAGCGCGGCCAAGACCGCAUCCUCUCUGCCUCGUACGACGGUCUCCUCAGGAUAUGGGACGCCUCCGGAAACGUGAUUGGCACCUCGCCCUCGGGCAGCCACGGUGGUCACACUGCCAGCAUAAAAGCUGCCAAAUUCCUCUCCAGCACUCAGAUUGCCUCGGCCGGCAUGGACCGCACAGUUCGCGUAUGGAAAUACACCGAGUCGGGCGAGUCGUACGAGCGUCGCGGCGAGCUGAAGCCCACCCUCGAACUGUACGGCCACACCUCCUCGAUCGACUCGCUCGAGGUUGACGGCGCCUCGAAGCGUAUCCUCACUGCCUCCGCCGACGGCUCCAUCGGUUUCUGGACCACCUCCAAGGCGUCCGCGCCCGAAGUCUCCGAUUCCUCGCUCCUUCCUGGCGCCCACACAUCCAAGCGCCGCAAGCUCGCGACCUCCGUCACCGCCGCCCAGCGCGGCCCGCUCGCCCUCAUGAACAUCCACAAUGCGCCCGCCACGGCCGCCGUCUUCGACCCCCGCGACCGCACCGUCGCCUACUCCGUGUCGCAGGACCACACCGUCAAGACCAUCGACCUGACCACCUCCAGCGUGGUCAGCACCUUCACAACCUCGCAUGCGCUCCUCUCUCUUGCGGCCCUGCCGCGCUCCUCGGCCUCGGCGCCCCUUCUCGCCUGCGGUACCUCCGCCCGACACAUUACCCUCGUCGACCCGCGCACCAGCACGGCCGCGACGAGCGUCAUGACGCUGCGUGGGCAUGCCAACAAGGUGGCCAGUCUGGCGGCGAACCCGGAGAAUGAGUACUCGCUGGUUUCGGGCUCGCACGACGGGACGUGCCGGAUCUGGGAUCUGCGGUCGGUCCGGCCAGCGACCAAGGACGAGGGUGGCAUGGGCAGCGUCAGCGAGCCCGUGUACGUUAUUGAUCGCGAGAGCCAGCAGGGCAAGAAGAAGAAGAGCAGUGUGACGGGCGACGGGUGCAAGGUGUUCAGCGUGGUGUGGGAUCAGCUGGGCAUCUUCAGCGGUGGUGAGGAUAAGAAGGUGCAGAUUAAUAAGGGGAGGGGUGUGAAUGCCGAGUAGAGGAAGAAAAAUGGUCAGGAAAGAGGGGGUUGUUAAGAUGAAGAGAAGGGAAGCAGCAGAACUUGGUUGUUAUGAUAUACCCAGGAUAGAUAAAAUGGAAUGUGGAUACUGUACAAGAUAUCUUUGUGGUAUCUGCAGGGACGAGGCCAAGAACAGCCGUGACAGAUUCUUUCUGAACUGAACUGUACG